AUGGAGGGCGAGUGCGCGGAGGAGGGCUGGCUGCUGGUGCGCGUGCACGUGCCAGAGCUGAACGUGCAGAAGAGUCUGCAGUUCUCUCGCGACCAGCUCGUGUGGGACGUCAAGCAGCAGUGUCUUGCCGCCUUGCCUAAGGUGGCCACCUGGUAUCGGGUAUGUCAUUGUUUAAUAUCGCAUAGCCUGUGUAUAAACAUCCCGUGUAAUCUAUGUAACCUGCAUGAAUCAAUCAUGAUUCAACUCCAAUAUUUGAAUCAUAGGAAUGUU